AUGCCCGAGCGUCGGUCCAGCGUGCGACGACCGUCGGCCGACGCGUCGCCGGCGGCCUCCCGGCCGCCGCCGGCGCCGCCGACGCCCACGGGCGGCGGCGCCGCCAGGGCCGACAAGAUCACGCGCAUCAAGCUGCUGACCAUGGGCGCCGCCGAGAGCGGCAAGUCCUGCAUCGUGAAGCGGUAUUGCGAGGGGCGCUUCAUCACGAAGUACAUCCAGACCGUCGGCGUCGACUACGGCGUCAAGCCCGUCGACGUCGACGGGAAGAAGGUGCGCAUCAACUUUUGGGAUCUGUCCGGCCGGCCCGAGUUCUUCGAGAUCCGCAACGAGCGCGCCGCGGCGUUCUACAAGGACACGCAGGGUGCGCUGCUCGUCUUCGACGUCAGCGAGCGCGACUCCUUCGACCAGCUCGAGGACUGGCUCAAGGAGAGCGCCAAGUUCGGCAUGCCCCGGGACCUGCCCGUCGCGGUCUGCGCGAACAAGGUCGACAAGCCGCGCAAGGUCAGCGAGGCCGAGGGCCGCCAGUGGGCCGCGUCGCACAAGUACGACUACUUCGAGCUCUCCGCGUCGACGGGCGCGAACGUGCCCGACGUGUUCGAGUGCGUCUUCAAGAAGGCGCUCGCGAAGCUCAACCGCGCGAACGUGUAA